CUAGGUCAGUCUCCUGCCUUAACCUGUCGCUCCCUUCACCAUCUAUUUGCGCUUACACCGAUCCUCGCUUUCACCGCGGCAAUUGUCGAUAGUAGGCAGUGGAGAAUCCGGGAAAUCCACUAUUCUCAAACAGAUGAAAAUCAUUGGUCAGAAUGGUUACAAUUACAAAGAACGCAUUUCCUGGCGCGCCAUUGUGUAUCGCAACGUCAUUGAAUCCGCACAGACUUUACUACGAGCUCUCAUGUCGCUCGGACUUACUUUUAUCGAUCCCAUCAACGCCGAAUAUGCGAAUUUCAUUCUGCAGAGCAAAACUCCGUAUGACCCGCAAUGUCAACUUGACACUGAAUUGGCCGAAGCAAUAUACAACGUGUGGAAAGAUCCCAAUCUACAGAAAUGCAUCGAGGAAAGAGGUCAUGGAUACUACCUAUUGGAUUCGGCACCCUACUUUUUCGAUGAAAUCAAACGUAUCGGGCAUUCCGAUUAUAUUCCUACGGAUCAAGAUGUCUUGCGGGCAAGACUCAAAUCAUCCGGCAUUACCGAAAUGCGUUUUGGGUUUGGCGGCAUCUUUAUUCAUAUGUUUGAUGUGGGCGGACAACGAUCAGAACGAAAAAAGUGGAUCCAUUGCUUCGAAUCGGUCAGUUCCAUCAUCUUUUGUGUUGCACUGAGUGAGUACGAUCAAGUGCUGUUGGAGGAAUCAAGGCAGAAUCGAAUGCUUGAAAGUUUAUCCUUAUUUGAAUCUGUCAUCAACAGUCGAUGGUUCAUGCAUACCUCGGUGAUGCUGUUUCUCAACAAAAUUGAUGUUUUCAAAACCAAAAUAACACGCGUUCCUAUGGAAAAAUAUUUCCCGGAUUACGGUGGAGGCAAAGAUGUAAACAAGGCGGCAAAAUAUAUUUUGUGGCGAUUUAUGCAGACAAAUAGAGCCAAACUCCAUAUUUAUCCCCAUUUAACCCAAGCGACUGACACCUGCAAUAUCCGAUUCGUCUUUGCCGCCGUCAAACAAACGCUGAUAAAAAAUGCUCUUCAGGAAUCAGGCAUGCUGUAAAAAAAAAAAAAAAAAAAAAAAAAAAA